CGUGACUCGCGGUACAAGCCUACAAGGGCUACCACCGACCCGGUAGGCAAAGCACAGAAAAGCUUCCGAAGGAAGGAAGGAUGGGCAAGGCCGCAAGGGCGCCGAUUUGAUUUUCACUUUCCCUUCUUGUUUCCCCUUCCUUUCACGGUUUUCCCUCUCUCUCCUGCAGUCCUGCUUCCCCGGUUUACCGGGCCUUCCCCUUUUGGCUCACCAACGCUGCGAGGGAGGCCGCCUUGCAGUUCGCCGCUGUCGCCUCCUUCGUCGCUCGGGACAAGCAAGGUCGAUUCCGAGGCGUAGCGCAUUGGAGGCAUGACCAGGCGGAAGAGGGGCCCUCGUUCGGGGAGGAAGGUGGGCGCCAUUGAGGAAUGGCCGAACCUCGUGGACGUGGUGAUGUCUUGGAGUCUAGAGGAUGUCAUGAACGAGGGUCUAUUCAAGCACGAGGUGAAAAGGAUACCACACACAUUGAUAUCAAGAGCUACUUGGAUUCCUAUACUUCUCCAUUGUUGGAGGAGUUGAGAUCGGAGAUGUCGUCCAGCUUGGAAACCAUUUCCACCAUGCCUUUUGUCAAAAUAGGAUGGAUCGAUCAAAAACAAAAUAGUGCAAGUUAUGAAUUUGCUCUUGAGGUUGAUUCUAAGAAUACGAAGUCUAGUAACAGACCUGAAAGGUAUGAUCCAGGCGAUAUCAUUAUCCUGUUUGAUGUGAUGCCAGAAAAUACAUCUGAUAUUACUCGCGAUGGAAGGCCAUACCGUAUUGCUUUCAUCACUGAUGGAGGCGAUGAAGAUGACGACUUACCUCCAACCAAGUAUGUGAUGACAGCAUCAGGCAAAAUUGAUGCCGCAGAUGAGACCAGUUGAAAUAGGAAAA